AGACGAGUUCGGGACAGUUGCCGCGCGUACUUUGUUACGUUCGGGUCGUUUCUUGUCGUCGGUGACUUCGAAACGAGACGAGACGAACGCGUAUAGUGAUUCCGGCUGAUGUAUUGAAAUUCAGUUACUCGGCUCAUCCUGUCCGUGCUGCUAGAUGAACGCGUUUAAAAAUUGAAAUCCAACACCGAGCCUGCUGCAUCCUGACUGGACAACCGUCCGUGAAUUGUUCACAAAUUUCAUUAGAUCAAAGAGCGUUACGCGUGAAAUGUUGGAACCUUAGAACGAUCUCGUAAUUAUUCCACUGUACAUUUCAUGGGAACGGGACAGCUGCUGUCUGAAACAGAAUCAGAGGCGAGAAACAGGGAAUGAAUGUUACGUUUUACGAAUAACUGCGCGGGAUCGGUUCAAAGGGUGAAACGGGUCCGUCUGUGAGAGAAGAAAUAUUCUCUUUGUCCGGUGGAUAAAACGGGCUCGCUGGACCAGAAUCUCACCCGCGGGUCAGCGAAGUGAAGCCGCCGCGAGAAUCGGAAAUUCGAUUGGAAGGGACGCGUUUGUCAUCCAUUGAACUUUUAUCAGCGACGGCAAAAGCCACAGAGAAGAAAUGAGGCAGAUCAGGAACGGGGAUUCGGUCCACCGUCGGCGGCGUUGCGUCGAUUUAAGAUGAAAUCUGCUGGGAACGUAAAGAAAAUCAAGAUGGAUAAUUAGGCGAAACAUGGACGCGGCUAAUGCCAUUAAUAACAACACGCGGGAGUUCUGUAGGUACAAGAAUUUUGUGCCUCCCGAUGGCGAACUGUGGUGCGAACCGGUGUGGGAUUCACUGCUCUGUUGGCCGCCAACUAAAGCGUCGACGACGAUCAAGCAGAGGUGCCCGUUCGAGGAUGGAUUCGAUACGACCAAAUCGGUGGAGAAGAAGUGCGGGUAUAACGGACGAUGGGAGGGGCACAACGGCACCAGCAACGAAGACUCGCCUCACGGCUGGGCUAACUACACGACGUGUCUCACGCCGGAAAUGCUCAGGCUACACGGGAAGGUCUACAACAAUCCCAUCGAGGGCAAUAUGAAAAUGGACAUUGCCGAGAGGACCCGGACGUUGGAAUUCGUCGGAUUGAGCAUCUCUCUGGUAGCAUUGCUUGCAUCGCUCGCCAUAUUCUGCCGGUUCAGGUCCCUGCGGAAUACCAGGACCCGAAUACACAAGAAUCUGUUCGUCGCCAUGGUCGUCCAAGUCCUGAUUCGAUUAAUAGUGUACAUAGACAUCGAAAUACUCAGGAGGAAGACUUACGGCAUUCAACGUGGCAUUGGGAACACCCCGGUGCUCUGCGAGGCGAGCUACGCCCUCCUCGAGUACGCAAAAACGGCCAUGUUCAUGUGGAUGUUCAUCGAGGGCUUGUUCCUGCACAACAUGGUCACUGUUACGGUAUUCCAAGAGAAUUCCUACUACAGAAUGUAUCGCUUCAUCGGUUGGGGCUGCCCGGUCCUUAUGACCCUCGUCUGGGCCGUCAUCAUGGCAUUCUAUUAUCAUCCGAAGUCAAAAUUCUCCAGAUGCUGGACUGGAUAUAAUUUGUCUUCCUACUUUUGGGUUCUGGAGGGUCCCAGAUUCGCGGUAAUAUUGCUCAAUUUUCUGUUCCUGCUGAAUAUCGUAAGAGUCCUCGUGGUGAAACUCAGACAGAGCCACACAAGUGAGAUCGAGCAAGUGCUAAAAGCCGUGAGAGCAGCUGUGGUGCUUCUGCCUCUGUUAGGCAUCACCAAUGUGCUUUUUAUGAUCGAAGCGCCGCUGCACAACGUCAAGAAAUUCGCUGUAUGGUCCUAUUCAACGCAUUUCCUGCAGUCCUUUCAAGGUCUUUUCAUAGCUACACUUUAUUGCUUCAUGAACGGCGAGGUAAGGCUCGCCUUGGAUAAAACUAUUUCCGUCUAUCUUUCCUUAAGAGGAACCGAUCUACAGGCAAGGAGACAGUCGACCUUCAGCGGUUGCCAGCCCCAAAGAAUUGCGUCGGUGAUCGAGAUGGAGGAGGAUGAGAUGAGGUCGACCGGAUGGAUAAGACUGUGCUGUCGCGGUGGUAACACUCCACCGCCGGACCGACCUGCCGAAACAGCAGUCUGACCGCGGAGCCUCCUUGGACUCCUCGACGUUGGAGAAAAGCUUCAGGGUCACCUUCGCACCGUGAACAGACUUUUCAGCUUUCAACAGUUGUGAAAUUUCGAUGAACCUGGUCGAAUAAUGACUAUGCAAUGUGGAGCACAUUUAUUUCUGUUGAGAAAUGAAAAUUGAUAGGAACGAAUCUGUGAUCAUAUGGCAAUUAAUGAUGCGUUUAUUAAUCGAUUAAUGAAUUAAUCUAAUUUUUAAAUUAAAAUCUUGCCAUCUGAUAGCAGAGGACGAUGUUCAAACACGUGUGAGUGUCUAGAAUCAUAAAAUUAUUUGCGAACAAUUGCGGUAGAGGAUUUUCAUUGCAAUUUUUAUAUGAUUUAUAAUCGAUGGAAGAUUGUAUCGGUUUGUUUCAUGGGAGAGGAGAGUUAGAUUUAAAUGGAUAUCGUGUGUAUCGUCGUUUACUGUAAGAAUUCUCUUUAACAAUCGGUGGACUGAUCGAGUAUCUAAGUGUAACGUUUGCAAGCUUUGUUAAAAGUCGCAAGGUAAUAAUUAGCAUAGUAAUCCUGGCUAAAAUCAUCGCUUGGACGACUUUCCAGCUGUGCGUUUUUUAAACAUGUGAAUAAAUAAUCGUGAGAGACGUUUGCUCUUUUCUUCCA